AUGGGGCCCCAUUCGACAACGAACCAUCAUCGAUCAUCGACGUCGGGAGGCGAUGGAGGACACUGCGGUGGCCAUCUCUCGGCGUGCCGCUUCCGGAAUAUGAUGGACACGCUCUUCGUGCUUGGCCAGGAAUCCCGGCUGCGCAUCCUUCAGCAAGCGGCGUCGCGCGUCCCCGCCUGCGCCUACCUCUGCGUCUGGGCGCCGAUCCCGGCCGGCGGCCACCGUCCUACUCCUCCUUUCACAGCCGCCAACAGAGCUCGCCGCCAGCUGUUGUGCCUGGACGCAUGGCUCCGCGAUGGCGGCAGCGGUGACGUCGACCGCGAGCGCGCUCUGUUCGACGCAUACAAGGGUUCGCUCUGCGCGGCCGUAAGCGGGUGCGUGCCAGGGUGGGCUUACGAGGACGGCCGGGCGUACAUGGAGCUGUCGGAGCACGAACUGGCGGCCUCGGCGUCGUCGCCGGUGCAGCUGCAGUUCUACCAGGAAGCUGGCAUUAAGGUGGCGGCCUUCAUGGGAUGCGAAAGCGGCGAGAUCGAGGUCGGCAUGUCGACGCCGGCGGGACAGAUGAACCUUCAGGCCGGCCUCGGUCAGAUAUUCUCGGAGGAUUUCUUCCAGCAGUCGCUGCUUGAGGAACUGCUCCAGCUCCCGCCGACGCGGCCGUCGUCCUCCUCCUCCUCUCUGCCGUCCAUCUCCGUGGACAGCCCGGCAGACGGCUCGACGUCGCUGCUGCGCACGAUGGCCAUGUCGUCGUCCACCACGACGUCUCCCCGGGACCUAACGGCGGGACCUCUUCCUCACCCGCCCCGUCCGCCGCAUCCCGUGCCAUUUAGCCGGCACGGCCCUGCCCAUGUCCACGGCCACGUCCACUUCCCGAGCCCCGAGGCCGACGACGUCGCGAUGGCGCAGGCCAUGCUCGCGGUCAUCUCCGCAUCCUCCUCCUCGUCGUCGGCUAUGCCUAACACGCCCACGCCUCCGCUAGGCUACCGUCGCGCGCAUCGGUCGCCGCGCCGUGGCUCGACGACGACGGCGUUCCGGCCGUACAACGCGGCGCUGGCGCCAAGGGCGCCGCGGCGGCCGUCGGACGCACCUGGGCAGCGGAUGAUCAAGAUGGGCAUCUCUAUCCUGAGAAGGAUGAACACGCUGAACAACAACGGCCAGGAGCGCACCACGGGGACGACGACGCAGCGGUGGCGGGAGGAAGACGAGGAGGCCGCGCCCCCAGCCCCGACGAGCAGCCAGCUGCACCAUAUGAUAUCGGAGCGGAGGCGGCGGGAGAGGCUCAACGAGAGCUUUGAGGCGCUGAGAGGGCUGCUUCCUCCCGGAUCAAAGAAAGACAAAGCUACAGUCCUCGCCAACACUCUGGACUACAUGAACGUUCUGAUAGCCCAGAUUUCCGAGCUGGAAGCCAGGAACCGAAGCCUCGAGACGGCGGCGCAGAUCCAGCAACACCAACGCAUCACCAACGGCAACUCCAGGGAUAGGCCUGACCAAGCAGCCCUUCAGGCAGGCGGCUCGUCAAAGAGGGUACAAGUUGAGGUGGCCACUAGCAGCGCCGGCGCGUCAACAUCGUCCUCGUCGUUCUCGACGGGGCAGUGCCGUGAGGUGACCAUAAGGGUGGCGGCGGCAGGCGACCUGUCGGAUCUAGUGGCCCGCGUGCUGGCGCUGCUCAAGGACACGGCCGGCCACCGUUUCUCGGUGGUCGCCGUCGACGCCAGGCAGCCGCAGGGCACCGGCGACGGCGGCAUUGCUCAGGCGAGCUUGACACUCCGUGCAACGGCUGCUGGCGAAUUCGACGAGGAGGCGUUGAAGGAUGCUGUCACGAGGGCUGUCGUUGGUCUGGUGACACCGCCGUCGUCCGACGAACUUUGACCCGCCCACGGUCCGUAUCGGCUGGGUCAGUUUGCGAGAUAGGGACCGAGCCGACGCUGCAGUAUGCUCAAAACUGGAUUGCCGGUUACGGGCACACGGCCACGGCAUUUCUAGAUUUCUGUAACUUGUGCUCGUGAAGGACUUUUUUUUAUUUUUUUUCUUAAACUUGCUCCCGGAGGACUUUGAGUAACUGUAUUCUGCAUUUUUGAUGGAUUCGAGACAGAGUGACU